GCCCAGUUGCUUCCCGCCGAGCUCCACCAAUUUCGACCCCCUUUCAACGUCGCGACUCUGCCCUCGUGCUUCCCCUACCUGCCAUCCUGCUGUGCUUUUGACAAGUCGGCUGCUUCCUUUCCUUAAUCCCGCGCAGCCGAGCGCACCAGAGUCAUCAUGGCGCCGGCCUUGCCGAUCAAGUUCCAGGAGCUGCUGCAGCUCGGCAGCCUGGGUGUCAACCAAACCGCCAUCACAUUCAACACCUGCACGCUAGAAUCAGAUUCCUUCGUCUGCCUUCGAGACAAAAAGGACGAGGCGUCGUCUCCCGAAGUCCUCAUCGUCGACCUCAAGAAUGCCAACAAUGUCAUCCGCCGGCCCAUUAAGGCCGACAGUGCAAUAAUGCACUGGUCGCGCCAGGUCAUUGCGCUGAAAGCUCAGUCACGGACACUGCAGAUCUUUGAUCUGGAGCAGAAGCAAAAGCUCAAGUCCACCACCAUGAGCGAGGAUGUCUCGUUCUGGAAGUGGACUAGCGAGAGAACGCUUGGCUUGGUCACAGAGAGCGCCAUCUAUCACUGGGAUGUCUUUGACCCCACCCAAGUCGCGCCCGUCAAGAUCUUUGAGCGUAACAUCAACCUCCAGAACAACCAGAUUAUCAACUACCGAACAAGCGCCGACGGCAAGUGGAUGGUUGUGGUUGGCAUCUCACAGCAGCAGGGACGCGUUGUUGGUGCCAUGCAGUUGUAUUCGAAGGAUCGCGGUAUCAGCCAGGCGAUCGAAGGCCACGCCGCCGCGUUUGGCACGAUCCGGUUAGAAGGCGCGCCUGAAGACACCAAGCUCUUUUCCUUCGCCGUCCGGACAGCCGUGGGCGCUAAGCUGCACAUCGUCGAGGUCGACCACCCGGAGACGAAUCCCGUGUUCCCCAAGAAGGCAGUCGACGUCUUCUUCCCGCCGGAAGCCGCCAACGAUUUCCCCGUUGCCCUGCAGAUCUCGCAGAAGUACGGCAUCAUCUACCUGAUCACCAAGUACGGAUUCAUCCAUCUCUACGAUCUCGAGACGGCAACAUGCAUCUUCAUGAACCGCAUCUCGGGCGAGACCAUCUUCACGGCCUGUGGCGACAAGGAAUCAACCGGCAUCCUCGGUAUCAAUCGGAAGGGUCAGGUCCUCUUCGUUAGCGCCGACGAGAACACGAUCGUCCCGUACGUGCUCGAGAGCCACGGCACCGAGUUAGCGCUGAAGCUGGCCUCGCGUGCCGGUCUCCCCGGCGCCGACAACCUCUACCAGCAGCGCUUCGAGCAGCUCUUUGCUAAUGGCAGCUACCAAGAAGCCGCCAAGGUUGCAGCCAAUUCGCCUCGCGGGUUCCUGCGGACGCCGCAGACCAUAGAACGGUUCAAGCGGCUCCCUCAGCAGCCCGGACAGAUGUCCUACAUCCUGCAGUACUUUGGCAUGCUUCUCGACAAGGGGUCGCUCAACCAGCACGAGACCAUUGAGCUCGCCCAACCGGUGCUGGCCCAGAACCGGAAGCAGCUGCUGCAAAAGUGGCUUGGCGAGAACAAGCUCGAGUGCUCUGAGCAACUCGGCGAUAUGGUUCGCCCCCACGACAUGACCUUGGCGCUGGCCAUCUACCUGAAGGCCAAUGUCCCUCACAAGGUUGUCGCCGCCUUCGCGGAAACCGGCCAGUUCGACAAGAUUCUCCCGUACUGUGCCCAAACCGACUACCAUCCCGACUUCGUCCAGCUCCUCCAGCACAUCGUCCGCGUCAACCCGGAGAAGGGCGCCGAGUUCGCUACGUCUCUGGCCAACCAUGAAGGAGGCUCCCUGGUCGACCUCGAGCGGGUGGUAGACAUCUUCCAGUCCCAGGGCAUGGUUCAGCAAGCUACCGCGUUCCUGCUUGAUGCCCUCAAGGACAACAAGCCUGAGCAUGGCCAUCUCCAAACCCGGCUGCUAGAGAUGAACUUGGUCAACGCGCCGCAGGUUGCCGAUGCCAUCCUCGGAAACGACAUGUUUUCCUACUUCGACAAGGCUCGCAUUGCAUCCCUUUGCGAGCAGGCGGGCCUGUUGCAGAAGGCUCUGGAUCUGUUCGAAGACCCUGCGGCCGUAAAGCGCGUCAUUGUUAACGUUGCCGGGGCGCCCAAUUUUAACCCCGACUGGCUUGUCGAGUACUUCGGCCGCCUCUCGGUUGAGCAGUCCAUCGAUUGCCUGGACGCCAUGAUGAAGCACAACAUCCGCCAAAACCUGCAGUCCGUGGUCCAGAUCGCCACGAAGUACGCCGAGCUCCUCGGCCCCCAGCGCCUGAUCGACCUGUUCGAGAAGUACAAGACUGCCGAAGGUCUCUACUACUUCCUGGGCAGCAUCGUCAACGUCAGCGAGGACCCCGAGGUCGUCUUCAAAUACAUCGAGGCCGCCACUAAGAUGGGCCAGAUUCGCGAAGUGGAGCGCAUCUGCCGCGACAACAAUGUCUACAACCCGGAGAAGGUCAAGAACUUCCUCAAGGAAGCCAAGCUGGCCGAGAUGCUGCCGCUGAUGGUUGUCUGCGACCGCUUCAACUUCGUGCAUGACUUGGUGCUCUACCUCUACCAGCACCAGCAGUUCAAGCCCAUCGAGAUCUACGUGCAGCAAGUCAAUCCAUCCAGGACACCCGGUGUCAUUGGUGGGUUGUUGGACGUCGACUGCGACGAGAGCAUCAUCAAGAACCUGCUCGCCACCGUCAACCCCGUGUCCAUCCCCAUUGACGAGCUGGUCCGUGAGGUCGAGACGCGGAACCGCCUCAAGCUGCUGCUUCCGUUCCUGGAGGCCACCCUGGCUGCCGGCAACCAACAACAGGCCGUGUACAAUGCGCUGGCAAAGAUCUACAUCGACUCCAACAACAACCCGGAGAAGUUCUUGAAGGAGAACGACCAGUAUGACACGCUCACGGUCGGCAAGUACUGCGAAAAGCGCGACCCCAACCUGGCCUACAUCGCCUACCGCAAGGGCCAGAACGACCUCGAGCUGGUCAACAUCACCAACGAGAACGCCAUGUACAAGGCGCAAGCACGCUAUCUCCUCGAGCGAGCAGACAGGGAGCUCUGGAUGUUCGUCCUUAGCGAGAACAACCUCCAUCGGCGUUCUGUGAUCGACCAGGUCAUCUCGACCGCCGUGCCGGAGUCGACGGAUCCUGCAAAGGUUUCCGAGGCCGUGUCGUGCUUCCUGAAUGCCGAUCUCCCGGCUGAGCUUAUCGAGCUCCUGGAGAAGAUUGUCCUGGAGCCGUCGCCUUUCAGCGACAACCAGAACCUCCAGAACCUGCUCAUGUUCACCGCCGCCAAGGCAGACAAGGCCCGUGUCAUGGACUACAUCCACCGGCUCGACAACUUCUCCGCGGAUGAGAUCGCCCACGUCUGUAUCGAGGUUGGCCUGCACGAGGAGGCGUUCGAGGUCUAUAAGAAGAUCGACAACAAGGAAGCGGCGGUCAACGUCCUGGUCGAGCACAUCGUCAGCAUCGAUCGUGCGCAAGCUUAUGCCGAGGAGGUCGACAUUCCGCAGGUCUGGAGCAAGGUGGCCAAGGCUCAGCUGGAUGGCCUCCGGGUCAGCGACUCGAUCGACUCAUACAUCAAGGCUGAGGAUCCCAAGAACUAUGAAGAGGUCAUCGAGAUCGCGGUCGCAGCAGGGAAGAAUGAAGAACUCAUCAAGUACCUUCGCAUGGCCCGCAAGACGCUCCGCGAGCCCACAAUCGACACUGCCCUCGCCUUCUGCUAUGCGCGCCUCGACCAGCUCGCUGAGCUCGCAGACUUCCUGCGGGCGACCAACGUUGCCAACGUUGAGGAGUCAGGAGACAAGGCUUAUGCUGAGGGUCUCUUCGAGGCGGCCAAGAUCUUCUACACCAGCAUUUCUAACUGGGCCAAGCUGGCUACCACCCACGUGCACCUCGCUGAUCACCAAGCCGCGGUCGACUGUGCGCGCAAGGCCAACAACAUCAAGGUCUGGAAGGAGGUGCACGAGGCAUGCGUUAGCAAGAAGGAGUUCCGUCUCGCCCAGAUCUGCGGCCUCAACCUCAUCGUCGAUGCCGAGCAACUCCAGGCGCUCGUCAAGCAGUACGAGCGCAAUGGCUACUUUGACGAGCUCAUCAACCUGCUCGAGCAGGGUCUCGGUCUCGAGCGCGCGCAUAUGGGCAUGUUCACCGAGCUUGGAAUCGCGCUCUCCAAGUAUCACCCCGAACGCCUGAUGGAGCAUCUCAAGCUCUUCUGGAGCAGGAUGAACCUGCCCAAGAUGAUCCGCGCGUGCGAGGAGGCAAACUUGUGGCCCGAGCUGAUCUUCUGCUACUACCACUACGACGAAUUCGACAAUGCUGCGCUCGCCGUCAUGGAGCGGCCCGAGAAUUCGUGGGAACACCAGCAGUUCAAGGAGAUCAUCGUCAAGGUGGCCAACCUCGAGAUCUACUACAAGGCCAUCAACUUCUACCUCGAGCAGCACCCGUCCCUGCUCACCGAUCUUCUGCAGGUCUUGACGCCGCGGAUCGAUGUCAACCGGGUGGUCCGCAUGUUCCAGAAGUCGGACAACUUGCCGCUCAUCAAGCCGUUCCUGCUCAACGUGCAGUCGCAAAACAAGCGCACUGUCAACGAUGCGAUCAACGACUUGCUCAUCGAGGAGGAGGACUACAAGACCCUCCGCGACUCGGUUGAGAACUACGACAACUACGAUGCCGUCGAUCUCGCCGGCCGCCUUGAGAAACACGACCUGGUGUUCUUCCGCCAGAUCGCUGCCAACAUCUACCGCAAGAACAAGCGGUGGGAGAAGUCGAUCAACUUGUCCAAGCAGGACAAACUGUGGAAGGAUGCCAUUGAGACCGCCGCCAUUUCCGGCAAGCCCGAAGUGGUAGAGGAGCUCCUCCGAUACUUCGUGGAUAUCGGCAACCGGGAAUGCUACGUCGGUAUGCUGUAUGCGUGCUACGAUCUGAUCCGGCCGGACCUCGUCUUGGAGCUGUCUUGGCGUAACGGCCUCACCGACUUCACCAUGCCCUACAUGAUCAACCUCCUCUGCCAGCAGACAAAGGAGCUGGCAGCGCUGAAGGCGGACAACGAGGCCCGCAAGGCCAAGGAGAAGGAGCAGGAGAAGGUCGAGGACAACACGCCCAUCCUCGGCGGCAAGCGGCUCAUGAUCACGGCGGGCCCGACCGGCGCCGCUCCGCCCCAGGCUCCCUACAUGCAAACCAAUGGAUUUGCGUCCCAGCCGACCGGUUACGGCUUCUAGAAGCUUGCCCCGGUGGUGUUCGAGUGUCCUUGCCUUUACGACCCUUGCCAGGGUCGCUGGUUUUAUCCUUUUCAGAUCCCUACGGAGCCGAGCAAACCUGUGAUGGUGGUGGAGCUGUGCCAGAUCUAACCUGAUUUCUGUCAG